AUGAAAGACAGCAAAGGCUGGGAUGGGAAGCUACGCGUCGAGCCCAAAGCAACGAUAACAAACCCUGAAGCUUUAGAGGACCCAGACUACUCGGAUUCUGAUGCGCCGCCCGUGGAGGAGAUUGAUGCCGACGAGGAUCUGUUAGAGGACGAGGACAAAGAUGUCGAGGUAAAUCCAGCGCUUACGAAGCUGCAACUCGAACUCCGGGAAGCUCACGAGGCCUCAGGAUAUCGAUCUCGUACAUUGCCGCAUACACUCAAUUCCCGCUUUGCGCGACUAUGUCUGCGCCAGAACCAAAUAUCCCGAAUUGAUUUACCCUCCGGUCUUGGUGAAACGCUGCAAGAGCUAGAUCUUUACGACAAUCUUAUAUCGCAUCUCAAGGGGCUUGAUGAUUUCCAAAACUUGACGAGCUUGGAUCUCAGCUUCAAUAAGCUCAAACAUAUCAAGAACAUCUCACACCUGGUCAAGCUAAAGGACCUUUACUUUGUACAGAAUAGGAUCUCGAAAAUUGAAGGGCUCGAGGGGUUAACGGAGAUAAAGAAUCUGGAGUUAGGGGCCAACAGGAUUCGGGAAAUCGAGAACCUCGAGACUUUGAGUGCCCUCGAGGAGCUAUGGCUUGGGAAGAACAAGAUCACGGAAAUGAAGAAUCUCGAUGCACUCUCCAACCUCCGCAUCCUCUCCAUCCAAUCAAAUAGACUUACCAGCCUUAGCGGUCUCUCGUCACUCAAGAACCUGGAAGAAAUAUACGUGUCGCACAAUGCCAUCACAGAUCUCGCCGGCCUAGAGUCAAACACCGCACUACGCGUUCUAGACUUUUCAAACAACCAAGUCUCGAAACUCGAGCACUUGUCCCAUUUGAAAGAAUUGGAGGAGCUUUGGGCAUCCAAUAACCAGCUGUCGAGCUUUAACGAGGUGGAAUGUGAGUUGAAGGACAAGGAAAACCUAAAGACAGUGUACUUUGAAGGGAAUCCGCUGCAGACGAAUGGACCGGUUGUAUACCGGAAUAAGGUGCGGUUAGCCAUACCGCAAAUCAUGCAGAUUGAUGCCACGUUUGUACGAAUCGCUUAA